AUGGAUGAUCCAGUUCCAGAGACUCGGGCCAACCGUAACGAACCCGCCUCGCCCUCGGGCUUGUCCACGUUGAAGCCGCGGCGCCAGAGGCAAGGUUCGCCUGACAGCGCACACUCACGAUCAUCCUCCAUGUCGAAAGGUUCCAUUCAGGACCGGCUGUUUAACAAUCUUCUACAACAAGUUAUCCCCGCAGAUAAUGAUGCGGAACGCAACACCGGAGACAAGGCCAUGGCGAACUCUCCAAAAAAGCCACCAUUUAGUCUGCCAGCAAUGACAAAUAAUUUUCGCCGAUUCAAUGCCAGAAUCGGUGUGGUAUUUCUCUUCCAGUCACAGGCAGAGGGUCUGUUUUGCUGGAAAACACCAACACACACCCUGUCUUUCCUCUUUGUAUAUUCCUUUAUAUGUUUGGAUCCGCAUCUUUUGUUGGUGCUUCCAGUGGUGAUCUUUCUACUCUUCGUCAUGGUACCAGCGUUCGUGACUCGACACCCUCCGCCACCCUCUACCUCUACCUCCAGCACGACACCCUAUUACUCUUAUGAAGGACCAGCACUAGCACCAGCAAAAACGAUCAAGCCGGCUCCUGAGACUUCCAAGGACUUCUUCCGCAACAUGCGUGAUCUUCAAAACGUCAUGGCGGAUUUCUCCGACGCCCAUGAUGCACUGGUCUCUGUCGUUGCGCCAACUACUAACUUCUCCAAUGAGAAAUUAUCCUCGGCUCUAUUUUUAGGAUGCACAGUCGCCGCAGUCUUUUUAUUCUUGACAGCCCAUCUUGUACCGCUUCGACUGGUUAUGCUAGCGGCCGGAAAUGGAGGUAUCUUGUGGAACAACCCCGCGGUGCGACAUUUCUGUCAAGGCUUGAUGCAGGACGUGAGCGGAGUACCGGAUCAAGAUGCCCCCCUUAGUGAGGAGGCUGAGCAUGAGUUGUUUGGACAGCCGGUCCCGAAAACGCCAUCUGCAGCUGUUUCUGCUCUGGAAAAGUUCGCGGACAUCUCGCUAGACACCGAACCGGAAGAGCGAGAGGUCGAAAUCUUUGAAAUUCAACACCGAGCCCAAGGGACUUCAGAAUCUGGUUGGGAGAAUUUCUUGUUUAGCCCACUACCAUAUGACCCAUUGUCUCCGUCUCGCAUUGCAGGCGAUCGGCCUCGUGGGUGUCGAUUUUUUGACGAUGUCCGCACUCCAUCUGGAUGGAAGUGGAAGAGCAAGAAGUGGGAACUCGACUUGGAUUGUCGAGAGUGGGUCAUGGAGCGCAUGAUUACUGGCGUUGGCUUCGAGAUCCCAGGCGUGAUACCAGAAGGCCACGCUAUCGUCGACGAGGUUGGAGGCUGGGUCUGGGACCUUCCUGCUGAGCCGUCUGCCAGUGAAGAAGCAGAGAUGACCGCAAUGGCAUAUGGAGACUUGCCACCAGAGACAAAUCAGGGACCUGCAAAAGAAAGCCGAAAAAGGUCUACUAAGGACUGGGAAGAAGGAACCCCUGCCUCGUACGGAGUGGGAGAAUGGCGACGUCGUCGUUGGGUGCGGAUUGUUCAGCGCAUGAAUGUCCCGCCAGCUGACACGACCACCGUUACAUACUCAACCCUAAGCCAAUAA